CACACGCACACACACACACACACACACACACACAGACACGGUGACUCGGACCACGGAACAGAUCAGGAGAGAGUUUUUCCUCCUCGUUGUCUGAUUCACCGGAAUCUGCCUUUGUUCCACAGACUGCACUCGGUCCCACUCGGGCUUUUUUGGUGGCAGACGGAGGGAAGUGCUUCCUGACAACAGGGAGGCGCGUCUUACUUCCAUUCCAGUGAUUGACUGCGCACGGCUUUCACCGCCGGAGCUGUGGGGGCAUUGACGCAUUGUGGAGUCGACAGGGGGUAGCACUGCAACCCCGGCUUCGCUUCACAUCGGAGGCAUCUAUCGGCGAAACCCGCCAUGGCCGUGGUGCAGCUCGAAACGGGGGACCAUCAACCGGAGAACGGCUUCGUGUCCCCCGAAACCACGUCGGCGGGGCUGCUGACACGCAUCGACGGUGCCGUUCUGCCAUUUCUCGGGGGAUUUGGGAAGUACCAGAAACAGCUGAUCGUGCUGACAUGGAUCCCGGCGAUAUUUAUUGGAUUCAGUCAGUACUCUGAUAAUUUCCUCCUGGCCCAGCCGAACAACACAUGUAUCCAGCCUCUGGCUAAUGUGACUAACCACAGUGCGGGUCUUUCCUCGCUGUUAGACAGUCCGAAAAACAGCAGCGCACGACCGGCUUCUAUUUAUGCCAAUGGAAGUUAUAGCAGCCACAAUGACACGACCAGCAUGCAGUGUAGGUGCAGCGAGUGGACCUUCGAGCUGCACACAGGACUUGUGCAGAACGUGGUCACUAAGUGGAGUCUGGUGUGUGACUCAGCAUGGAAAGUCCAUAUUGCAAAGUUCUCUCUCUUGGUGGGAUCCAUCUUUGGGUACCUGGUGUUUGGAAUACUUGCUGACUGGUUUGGCCGCCACCCAGUGCUCAUCAUAUCGGUGCUCUUCAUGCUAGUGUUUGGUCUGACUGUGGCGUUUUCUGUCAACGUGCCCAUGUUCAGCACCUUGCGUUUCUUCGAGGGCUUUUGCCUGGCAGGGAUCACCCUUUCUCUCUACGUCCUCAGAAUCGAGCUGUGCCUGCCAGGAUGGCGAUUUUCCAUGACCAUGGUGGCUAGUUUUGUGGUUUUGGGUGGCCAGCUGCUGAUGCCCAUGGUGGCGUACCUCUGUGGCGACUGGCAGGUACUUCAAGCUGUCAUCAUCUGUCCCCUGCUGCUUAUGCUGUCCUACAUUUGGAUCUUCCCUGAGUCACUGCGUUGGUUGCUGGCCACUCAGCAGUAUUGCCGCUCCAAGUGGAUCAUGGGACACAUAGCAAAGAAGAAUCGAGUGAACAUGGAGCUGGACACAGAUAACAUCCUCACAGAACUACAAAAAGCUCUUCAGAAGAAGCCCAAAAAGACAUGCAUUGUGAAGAUGGUUGGGACGAGAAACCUGUGGAAGAACAUUGUUGUGCUCUGCGUCAACUCGCUAACCGGUUAUGGGAUCCACCACUGCUUCGCCCGCAGCAUGAUGGAUCAGGAAGCCAUGGAAACCACCAUGUUCCAUAACUUCUAUGCAGACUAUUACACGAUGGCGGGCAUCGCGGUGGCAUCGUGCAUUGCGCUGUGCCCCGCUGUGGGCCUGAUGGGCCGGCGUGGUGGCCUUCUCAUGUUCAUGAUCAUCACUGCCCUGGCCUCACUGCUGCAACUGGGUCUGCUCAACUUACUGGGGAAGUACAGCGUCCAUCUGAAUAUAGAUAGCUCAGAUACGCUGAAUAAGAACUUCUCCGUCGCCUUCUCCAUCAUCGGCAUGUUCUCCUCCCACGCAGUCAGCAACCUGAGCAUCUUCUUCUGUGCUGAGAUCACACCCACUGUGAUCAGGGGUGGUGGUCUGGGCCUGGUCCUGGCCAGCGCUGGCUUCGGCAUGCUGACUGCACCCAUCAUGGAACUCCACAAUCAGAAGGGCUAUUUCCUUCACCACAUCAUUUUUGCCUGCUGCACUCUCAUCUGCAUCAUUUGCAUUCUCCUGCUGCCUGAGACACGCUACCAGCCACUCCCCGAGACCCUGGCUGACGGCGAGAGCUACACUCGCCAGCCGUUACUCCCCCCGAGGAAACCUGGAGAACAGCGCCUCCUGCUGCCCCAGUCUGAGAGCAGCAGGGACUACACCAGAGUGCAUGACACACCACUCCACGAGGCAGCUGCCACCGCAGUGUCCACCAUGGACUCUACCGCCUCCUCGGCUGUUGAUUUGACCGCCGGAGAUAUGUUCAUGGAGGUGUACCCCGUAAAGCCUGAGCCCAAAGACCUAAACGGUCACUCGGUUUCAUCCACACCCACGACCCCGGUUACUGCACCGGCUAAAGACGGCAUCAUACAUGCCACUAAAGAAAACCUGCUGUCUUCCACUCAUUUACAUAAAGCUCCAUGUGUCACAGACCCACUUUUAGCCGAUGCAGACGAACCUCCAGCAAUAGUCUUGGAUUCGAUUGAGCCACUUACGGAUUCUAGCCCUCCUGAAAUGAAUGACAUCGGUGUGUCCCCCACAGAAGAGGCAGGCGCUGCUCCUGCCACUUCAAUGGACACUUGCACUCCCUCCAUCACUCAGAACGUCCCUGCCUCUCUGCUGAUCUGCACCACACCCAUCAUUGAGCCCCCACCUAGCUCCACGUUAGAAUCUCCAAACCCGCUGGGGAAUGACAUCGACGCAGCACCCGACCCACCUUUGCCAGAGGACACUAAUUCCACUUUAGCAGACUCCCCUACUCCAUCUAUACAUGACAGCCCCCCUCCAUCCCCCACUCCCUCUCCUGUUCCUAUCACAGACUGUGACAUUUCCGCUCACCCCCCGCCCUCCAUUACCUCACACUCUGACAUUCCCAUCCAGUUAGAAAUAGUAGAUGAGUCCACAUCUUCUCCUUCCAUUAGAGACUCCCCCAUACUAUCCGUCAUAGACUCCCAACUUCCUCCGUUAGAUUCUACUUCUCCAUAUGUUGAAGAUAAACCUACUCAUUCCUCUACUCCCCCAAGCCCAGUCACUGUUUCACAUUCUGCUGCAACCCCUCCACCCAUUGACUCAGGCCAUAUGCCCUCAGUGGACUCUUCCACUCCCCCUGUCAUACAUACUGUCAACACUUCUGCACCGGCUCCUACCAUUCUGCCCGUCACAGACAUUGCGCAUACCUCCACUCCAGAGUCAACCACUCUGACUGUACCAGAUUCAGCUGCUUCCCCGGUCUUAGAUUUAACUUCCAUCACAGAUUCAGGCUCUACAGAAGCAACUCGCUCCUCUCUAAUGGACUGCACAGUGUCCUCCCCCAUAGACUCUGGUGUCCUCUCUAUCAGGGACAGUGCCAGCACAGAAAACAACACUGUCAACGGCGUGGCAUCGUCAUGAUCCAGCGCUGCCGCCAGGAAAUGAAGCUUUAAGCGCUGCACCAGGAGGCAUCCACCCACAUGACAACUGCAGGAGAGGAGGGGGGAGGGCAAGAACUGUCCUGCUCAGACUUCAGGCAUUUAAUGGAGACUGUUCCCACCUGGAGUAGAGUAGACAAGUCUUACAGAGCUUCUUAACGCCCGCCCUCUCCCUCGUGCAUUUAGCCAAUAAAUGAGACCAUGCAAGUGAGAGAGAGAGUGCCACAGGCUGGUUCGUGACAAUGUGACAGUAACUUCUGCUCUUCAUUGAAUGUCACUGGAAAUCACCAGCGUAUAAACUACUCUGAUGUAAAUGAAUGGGAAAUCAUUGUCUGUUGUUUUUAAGAGACUUCAAACUAUACCCACAAUCACUGAGACGUGUCAUCAGCACUGGUGAAGAAAUGCAAUGAUGUUUAAAAAAAAAAAAAAAAAAAAGGAGAGAGGAAGAAAUCACUGGUACCUUUGCUCAAAUUAAAUGUCCGUCUAACAUAUUUGUAUAAAAAAAAUGUCGCCUUACCUGUAUGGACAAGAAAAUCUGAACAUUACAGAAAGUACUUUUUGCCAUUAUUGAGGUAAACAAUCCAAAUUGGGGUGAUUUUUAAAAAAAUAUAUAUAUAUAUAUAUCAUGCCAAAAACUACCCUGACCAAAAUUCAAAAUAGACAUAGUGCCAAAACAUGAGUAGCAACACAAUAUUUGCCUAUUUGGGGAAAUACUGUUUAGUGCUGUCCCCUGCCAUAGAUUGUAUGUGGAUUGAAGCGAAUCAGAAAAACCCUAUUUCAAGAUUCUGAAGUAUAAGAGAAGAGUGAGAGCUGUAUCACCAUUUGAUGAAUUAGAAUCAGAGAUGUGUUUGAGCUUAACUGCUUCCGUGGUUCAUUGUAUGAGCAGUGAUAUUAGUGAAAACAAUGACCCAUAUUUUGUUGGUCUGAAGAAACUUUUAUUUUUCCAAUCGUUUCUGCCAAUGAAAUUUAUGGUAUGCAAAAGCUUUUUUUGUAAAUGUGAUAAUGUAAGUAAAUGGAUAAUUAGUUGUUGAGCUUGA